AUGAUGGAAGAAAGGGUUCCUCUUUUUGAAAGUUUUUUUUUUUUUUUUUUUUUUUUGGGCAUAUUCUUCUUUUGCUUUGAAAGUCAUUAACUUUGCUCUUCAUGUGCAUUUUUAUCUCCUGGCUGAACCGAGGAGCCCACCAAUUUAAAUGUGAAUUUUACUUUCAUAAAUAACAUUUUGCAGUAAAAUGCACAUAACUGCUUGACAUGCACAUGAAAGUAUCUAACAUGUACGUACUCCUACGACCUUCCUGACGUUGACUUUCACACUGGUGACUCGUGGACUACCUUUAGUAUUCCACCCAGCAGUUGAUCGACUCGUUUGUCCAGACUCCUCUGCCGUGGGAUGAGAAUAAGGGCGUGUCAGUUUUGUGGCGAUGUUGUGGAACAGGUUGUGGAAACAGCUUGCAGAAGUAGUUAAAGCGGGACUUGUAAUGUGGAACGUCUUGGGUGCGUGGUUUUCCUUUUUCCUCUCUAUUUUUUUUCUUUACGUUUGGACCUCGGUGGCUUUUUAGUCGGGUUUGAGACAUCAUGGUGAGUAAACUGCACUCGCUUUUUUAAAUGAUGUUGGAUUUUGUGUUCGGUGAUAAAUUGUGGCUUAUGUAUUUUGUUAGAAUCAAGCGAGCUUGGAAAAGGUUUUAUGUUGGAAUUUAAAUGGGUUGAAGAAAAUAACUUAUAAUGGGUUAGAACUCAGAAACAACUUAAAAUGGCUUCAAACCUGUAGAAAUGGUUUCUCUAGCUUCUCUGUGCGUUUUAAAUGUUCUGUUUGGUAAAAGGAAUGUGCAAUCAUUACAGCUCACGUUUGCUCAUUGGUAUUCUGAAAGUAUUGAAUAGGGUUUCCGUAAACAAUCACAGGAGUUGCACAAUGUUCGACGAAGGAUUGUUGUUAUGAAAGUGUGUUGACCUGAGAGCCGCGAGUUAAAUUGGUGAUGGGCUUAUACGUCGGUGGACGCAACUCUGGGGUUAUUUGAUGGUGUCACUGAUUUGUAGGCCUUUGUUUUCACUUCUUGGCAGAUUGAGUCAUUCUCUGGAAUCUGAAUCCUCUGAGCACCUGCAAUUUGAACACUCUGAGCCUCAACUCGCCAGUGUUCCAGUGGACCAGCAGUGGUCUUCCCCAGGUGCCUCUGAAUCUACCCCCUCUAGUGUACCGUAUGACUCCCCCGACACGUUCUCCUACCUUCAUACAUCUUUGGCUCCCCUCAGAUUAAGGGAAACGCCGCCUGGUUCCCCUUGUGAAAGUCCUCCUGGUUCUCCUCUUAAAAUUCCAACUGAUUCUUUGUGUGAACGUUCAACUGGUUCCCCUUCUAACAGUACAGACCUUUCAUAUUCCCCCACAAUGGCAGACAGGAUAGGAAGAUCCCCCUUGCCACCGUUGUAUCCCAUAUAUGAGGCCCAGAGUGGUGGAACCCAAGAGGUGCAGAGCGCCACGCACACAAAUGGAUCUCAGCAAGGCAAAAAACUCUCUCUUCCACUUCCUGAUUAUGAAACCCUGUAUCCCCAGAAGAGGCACGGGGUAACGGGGACCACUCGAUGGGAUCACAUCAUUGCUGAAGUCAAUCAAAGACAAAUGGACACUACACCAGAACUUGUAGGUCCAGAAAUGAGUGUGGAUGGUCCAGAGAACUUUGGGGAGGCUAGACCUUCAUUUUCAGAGGAAAGCCCUGAUGUGGGAUAUUUUCAAACUCAUCAACAGGAAAACAGACGUCGGUCAUCCAAAAAUGUAGCAGCCCCUCCUCCACCAAACCAAGUGUUAACUACGCACAGGCGAUCAAUUUCAGAUUCCGGUCGAAGGGAAAGCCAGGAUUUCCGUUGGAGCGACGAGUCUCUCACAAGGUCUUUUUCCUCAGCAACUGCAGGAAGCGAGAGUCUCCAAGAGAUAUCGCUGGAUGAAUCAAGGAGUGCUUUGCAACCGUCCUUUCUACCAUCACGUGAGAACAGAUCAACGAGCCAGAUGGACUGGGAUUCAGGAUUGCCUACGGAGGACACACAACUUUCAGAGACCUCCGACAUCAACAUUCCCACUGCUAGACCAAGGAAAAGGGCUGUCAUUAACGAACCAACAGAACAUUAUUAUUCUGGAGCCACAAAAGCUUUUUCUGAUAUGAGCGACAGCAUCCAAACAACACCAAGUUUCAGUAUGAGCGAAAUAGACGAUAGUGGCAAACAGGAUAAAGAAAAUAAUUCAGCGUUUUGCCCAUAUACAAGCACAGAUCUUUCUAGAUCCAUGGGGGCACCAGAAAAACCAGCGAGAACAUCAGAGGACCUUUUUUCCAGGGUACUGCAAACAGAACAAAAACCCAAAGACCUUGGAAUGACCGCAGAUGAUCUUGAUCAAAUUUUCAACGAAGAGAAACCAGUCGAUCCCUUUGCAAGGUUGAACGGCUACGAGACGAGCAAAAUGGAGGAUGAAUUCGGGGAAAUCAGUCCGGUUUUCCAAAGAAGAAGCUCAUCCAGACGAAUGUCGUCACCUCCUUCGAGAAGUAACUCACAGAAAGCUUUGAAGUUUCAGCAGGAAUCUUCAGAUGAAGAAAAAAGUGCAAGAACCCAGAGGGAUGAUAUCAUUGAGUCCAUCGCACAAAGGCAUCCGGCCGAUGGGAAGGCACAAGUCCAUCUUUUUGAGGGAGAAGAUCCAUUUGGAAGUAACCCAAUGGAGGAAUCGUCCUCAAAAGCGGAAGUGGUUUCUGUGAGAAAGAAACCCAAGAGAGCGUUGAUGCCACCCUCUGAGUCUCAGUUUGUCAGUGCUCAGAUUAGCAAUGGAGAUGGCCUUUCCUCUACUUUAUCCAGGCCGCAUCCGGUGAAGCCCAUUCACUCGAUUGAAAGUCAGUAUCACAGCGGCACUUCGGCGCUGAAAGACGUGCAUGUUCCGAACGGCACAGCUGGAAAGGUUAAGGUGGCAGGCGUGGCUGACAGCGGGCCGUUCACUCAGCUGACCCACGAAGAGCUGAUCACGCUGGUGGUGCGGCAGCAAGACGAUCUGUCCAAGAAAGACUGCAAAAUCAGCGAGCUCGAGGAGUACAUAGACAACCUGCUGGUGCGCGUCAUCGAGGAGAAGCCCGCCAUCCUGCAGGCCUUGAACAAACCGGCGUGAGGUAACGGCGAAGAGAAGGAGACCACCCCGGUACGCAUCUUGGCCCGCUCGUGAUUUACUUGACUGCGUGUGUGUUCUGUAGUCAACGUGUACCGAGACACAUCCUCAUGUAGGUUCAAUAUCAUAUGCACUUUGUGGAGAAAUAUUCAGGUUACUUUUAAGAAUGCUGGAAAUUCUCUGAUUGAUAAACAAGCAAUUAAACGUGUAUAUAAAUCAAUUUUUUUGGACACCGGUACCGGCAUGUGCUUUAAAAACACUCGUUGAAUGGUUUUAUUUGAAAUCUUUACAAUACUUGAGACAUCUGAUGUGCUUUAUUUCAUCUCCCCCCCCACUGUACACAAACUGUAUAUGACUAUUAUUCCAAAUGUAUUCCCCAUAAUGUACAUGCAUUUUCAGAACAUUUUCCAAACAUAAUUUAUAAAUUAAUACAUUAUCAAUUAAUGAUCACUGAUUAUCCCCCCCACACACAUUCCGGUGAGCUAUUUUUUUUUCUUAUCAGCUGCUUUGCCUUCUCUAGAGAUACCGUGCCUUUUAAUUAUUAUUUUUUUUUUUUUUUUUUGUAAAUUAAGAAAUCCAGCAUCAAGCAAGCGCCUAAUGUCAUCUGUAUAUUUGCAAUUGGCUGAGUUCUAUGAACAGCCGGGUCGGGCGGCACUCACGUUUGAGAACACGAAGAAAUAACACGGAGAGAUUUUCUUUCAGGAAGUCUGUGAUUAUCAGAGAUGGCAGGAAAAUAUUUGCCAGACCGUAUUUGCCUUUAUUUUGACCAUAUUCUAGAUUUGCUUUUGCAUACAUUCUUGCAAUAUUUCCAUUAUGAAUGUAGGGACAUGUUGAUGUCUCAUUCGAAGAACAAUUUUUUUUUUUUUUUUUUUUGCUACCUCUCUUCUUCGCCUGCGGGCCGAGCACUGAAACAGUUGAGAAUGUCCCCAAGAUGCUUUAUGGAUUACAGCUCAAAUAAUUCUCUUGAAAUAUAUGACCGAGGUGAAGAAAUGUGGUUUCGUUUUGAAUAAAGACACUCAAUUUUAUGCAAA